AUGGAACCUGACCGCGAUCCUCCGCUGCUUCCACUCCAAGGGCCCCGUAUAAUGCCCCCCGCCAACAACAAAUCCAGCCCACGACAGCAAGCAAGACGCCCUCCGCAAAACUCGUACCAAAAGAAGGAUGUCGCAAGGGCUCCCGUCUUCCUGCGACCAGCACCCCGAGAUGCUACCAAAGCUAGGCGGCCUAUACCGCCCAGGCGGGCUCCCGAUCCGAGCGCACCGACCGUCGCCGCGAACAAGCCCCGGACUCGCACCAUGGCCACCCAGAAGGUGAACCCGCUAUUGCCAGUGACGGAGCGGAAGAGCCAGGAGGAGAAGGCGGCGUCGCGGCGGCCAAGGAAGAACUCAGACCACGACAAAUGGGACAUCACGCCCGACGGCGGGUCGGCUGGGCGCGAAGGGAGGCAAUUCACCGUGGCAAACGUCGGCAACAAUGGUCGCAUAUACCUAAGGCCCACGGUCCGUCCAGCACACCAGAGGCACCCACAGCCUCAGUUUGUCUUUCCGAUGACUCCUCCACAAACUGCCGGCCUAGGUUCAAUGCCGAGCGAGAAUCCGAAGCGGGACACUGCGGUCGACAUCAGUCAACUCCAGGGAUCCCAGUGGACACCAAGCCUUGUCCCUUCAACGCCGACGACCGUGCUGCUGCGCUCUUACUUGGACGAUAGGAAAGCAAGUCUGGGCACGCACCGACGUACUCAGUCUGACUCGACCAUCCAUGAAUCGAGGUCGUCCGUGGCUCGUGAAUCUGAUCCAGGGGCUUUCAAGAUCGUCGUUACGCAGCCGGGCGAGGAACAGAGGCCCAAGACACUGGAAGAUUUGGAGGCCGCUACCUCGCCGUUCCUUGAAAUUUCCAUUCCCUCUUGGAAACUAGGCACCCCACGGUUUUCAGUCAAAGGAACGCCCUUCAUCCGAGGUUCUAGUUACGCUCCGACUGAAGAUAUCCGGUCGAGUAACCAGUCUAUGAUGAACCGCUCAGGUGGCAUGACACCGCGCUUUGCCUCGUCAAUGGCUUCUAGGAGGCCCGGGUCCGUUGCUGCAGCACCGCCUCACCUGUCAAUUUCACAAAGACCUGCUUGGCUCGGCUCUGGUCUUUCUCCUCAUGAUGUCUCUCGGGCAAAGUACAUGUCACAACAGGUUACGAUCGAGCCUGCAAUGUUCGACUCUCUGACCUUCAAGCCGGCCUGCGAUGAUCCUACCAUUGUCAGGUACUCCUCAUCUUUGACCGGAGCCGUGACCGCGGCAACCCCACCCCGCCUCGUAGCGGAGAUUACUUCACCCACGUUUCUCGACUACGAGCUCUUGUCCGACUUUUUUCUCACCUUUCGCGCGUAUUUGUCGCCCAUGGAUCUGCUUAAAAUGCUCUUCUCACGGAUGCGAUGGGCUUUAAUCAGGGAUGGUGAAGUGGGAGUGGUUGUUCGCGUUCGAACUUUCGUGGCGCUCCGGCACUGGAUUUUGAACUACUUCGUGGACGACUUCGUCUGUGAGUACGAUAUGCGCACAAAUUUCUGCAGGCUGCUGAACAGCCUGACGAAUGACGUAUCGCAAGACUCGAAAGGGCGCAGGGUGCAGCUUAAGAUUCUGGCCGAGCUCAAGAAGUGUUGGAGACGUGUUUGUGCUCAAUUUUGGGACGGACCUGAGUCCGAAGCUUCGUUGCCACCUGAGGCCCCUAUUGCCCCAGGCGGCAUACCUGGUCAUCGAAAUCCCAGCCUGGACCCCGAAUUUUGGCAGAGAUACCUGGACAACGGCCCGCCAACGCUGGAUAACAUUCUUGCACCGUUGACGAGCAAUCCACCGGAUUCAGAGACAAGCUUUUAUCGCGAUGUCGCCAGGGCCGGUGGCGACGACAAUGACUAUGGACAAGGCCAGAGACCUGCGACACCCGAGAAUCAGAUUCACGACAGGAACACGGCUGAGGAGGUGCAAGUCUCCCCGACAAGCAUCUCGAGCGGGGACAUCGUCUCGUGUUCGUUCCCGACCCGAACUAUGAAGUCCUCGAGUCCUGGUUCGAACCAUCCUUUGGGUGCACAUCCGGUGGACCCGAGCUCCGUCUACAACAUGGAGCCUAUCGCCACGACACCCCGUGCCCUGAUGGGAAAGCGAUUGCGCCCCCAACAAGCACACAAGCGUAACGGAAGUCUUUCCGACUCGCUGAGGGAACACAACAACACAACACUCGAGCAGCUUCUCCAGCAGAAUACGGAAACUCUGCUUUCGCUUCCCUACGCCGGCAGUCUCGUGAGAGGCAACGUCAUGCCUCCAGGCCAAGCAUUUGUCGAGAUUGUCUCACCGACCUCAACGAACGGUGCAAGCCGACAGACGACUGUGUUUCAACCAUACCCGGAUGAUACUGAAGUAGACAGGGCCGCGGCAUCUGCAAUGUCUGGACAGGGGAUGCGAAAACUUAUCUGCGGGGUCCGCCGCGCGCUGAGUACCCGAGGACAGGAUGUGUCGCCCACACAAGGAAAUUUCAACAUUGCGCCCAUAGGACCCCGGGGUGUCACGACAAACAGAUUGCCCGGGACUGCGAUAGUGCCUCAGGCCCGGCCGAGAACGAGUAGUAUGCGCCCAGUCGUCCGAAUCGAUCUACUUGGUGCGGAAAUCGUGGAGGAUUUCAAGAAGGUGAUAAGGGAAGACGCGGCAGCGGAAGCUGCUUUGCAGGGUGUCCAGGGCUCCAUACCAUCCACUCCGACGACAGUCAGGGGACCUGGGGAAGACGGAGGAUACCCGGUACCACACAUGGAAACUCUGCGACAGGUCGAUCCACAGGACGGCACGCGUCCCUUCAGCGACGGGGGUGUGACCACUGGAAGCAAGUCCAUCCUCAUCAUCGACGAUACACUGCGGGUUCCCAACGAGUUUCCCGCAAUGACCGGCGCUCUUCCUGCUUUCACUCAAUCGGUAGAAGAUUUCGCGGACUCUUUCAUGCCACAAGGAGCAGAUCCGACACCCCCUAGCACACCUCCUGGUCGGAUAACAGACACGCCAAGGAGAUCUUCAUACUUGCUAGGUCAGCACGUCCUCCGCUCAGUCAAGUCAUCAGAUGCUUUGCCUCCUUUCGUCCCGGACCUGGACUCGCUCGCUGGUGGACAGGCUCACCGGCCAUCUGAAGACAUGGUCCGCCCAUCGCUAGACGCCAGGCUUUCCUCGUCCGAAUUUCUGCGGCAGUCAUUGAGUCGCCCGCCAUUGAGUGGGGUCUAUGGGCAUGGGCGCCACCGCUCGAGUCGCUCGCUGCGCUCAAACGGCACGAUGGGGCUCAGAAAAUACGCAUCAUUUCAAAGUGGAAUGGGUCUUCGCUCAACUGUCCGCAGCUUCGACGCGACCACCUACUCUGACAGAGCGUCGAUAGAGCAAUCAUCCGUGCCACCGCCGUUGAGAGUCCUCCGAAGACGCCCAGGCGGAGACCUUAGAGCGGUCAACCGCGUUGGAGACUUGGACCAACAUGUGUUGCGUAAGUCGCGCUCUUUGGGGUCUCUUACAACUUACACGGACUCCCUGCGAACCUCGUUCAUUCAAAGCCCAGCUGUGGGGCGGGGCUCGACGGGAGUAGUGGACGUUGUCAACAGUGACUACUCUCGGAAUCGAGUGGAAGCCUUCUCUCUCGGCGUCAUUGCAGAGAAACCGAAGCGAAGGAUCUCCCUGCUCAGCACAUCUUCCUCUAGGCCCAUAAUGCGACCUUCAUUCGAGGCCGAGGCACAGAAACUCGCAAAUAUCCCAGACGACGAAGAUGAUGGUGGGGUUGAGUCGGCACUGCUGAAGCUUGAGGGAAGGUAUGAGAGGAGACCGUUCAAGCUGUCUCUCGAUGCGACGAACACUUCCAUGCUCAACAUGGAGAACAUCAGUCGCAAAUCUCCCCCACCAGAAGAUGGGCCCGAUUCCAAGGCAGAGAAACGGAAACAUCGCCAGGAGCACAUUGGAGAAGAAGGUGUCAUGGCCCCGGCGCCACCUGCCGAGAGCUCUGCGGAUGCCUCGGACUCGACAUCUCUGCGCGUUCCUGAAAAGGGCCGGUCCCUGCGCGAUGAGGUUGCCUCGUUCCUGUCGGACGGUUCAUAUGGCUCAUAUCUGUCAAUCCCUCUGUUACAGCGUGAGGCGGUCGACGAUGGUCAGAGGAGCCGAGCGGAGUGGACAAAUCAGUCCAUUCUUCAAGAUCCCGAAGAUGGCACAUCCGCCGACGAACGGGACGGAGGCGACAAAGAUCGCUCAUAUGAAUUCGUCAAGAAGUCUGAGAGCAUUGAGAAGAUCAAGCCGGGAGACACCAUGCCGGCGCCCCAGCAACGUGAUAAGACGAGAGACUCGUCCCAAUCUUUCCUGGACAUGGACAGCACUGAUGAUGAACUGUCCUCAGAGCUGUCGGACAACCCGGCGGAAGACGACGAGGAAUUGGACGCCUUCCCCUCUCUACGGCGUGGCGCUACCCUCACCAAGAUCCAAACAAACCACACGGCAAAAUCGUACAAGACUUUUGGGGCGCAAACGAAGCACACAGUGAGUGUAGCUUCACCGACGUCGGCCUCUGGUCAGACUUUCGAGGUGUCACCCGAGACUGCAGAUGUUCCAGAGCUACACAGUGCUCAGAUUUGGGGUCAAGACAAAGGACGCAAACCAUUGCCUCCCACGCCUGACUACACGCCGACCUUCGAACAGGCAGCGCAGCCUAUGAAGACGACGCCCGGUCCAAUCAGUGCCAACGAGGCACCGCGCAACGCAGCCACCGUGACAGAACGAGAGAAGACCCGUGACUUCUCUGCGCACCUUCCUUUCAUUCUGGCUUUCGACUCGGAAAUACUUGCCCAGCAGUUCACGCUCAUUGAGAAGGACGCUCUUAAUGAGAUCGACUGGAAGGAGCUUAUUGAAAUGCGUUGGAAGAAUGCCGAGAACAACGACUGUCGAUCAUGGGUCCAGUUCCUGCGGGACGCAGAUGCCCGAGGUGUCGAAGUGGUGAUUGCCCGCUUCAACAUUGUCGUCAAAUGGGCCGUUUCUGAAAUCGUCCUGACUCAAAAUAUGGAGGAGCGAGCUCGGUGCAUCAUCAAGUACAUCCACAUUGCUGCACACUGCAGGCGCUACCGCAACUUCGCCACAAUGAGCCAAAUCACCAUUGCGCUCACAAGCGGCGAAGUCGAGCGCCUGUCUCAGACAUGGAGGAUGGUGCCGGCCCACGACAUGCACACCUUGCGCGAGCUUGAGGCCCUAAUCUCGCCGACCCGCAACUUCUACGCUCUACGCUCAGAGAUGGAAGGGGGAGGUCUGACCACUCAUGACAUGGGAUGCAUUCCCUUCGUGGGCAUCUAUACCCACGAUCUCAUCUUCAACGCACAACGGCCAAGCGAAAUCGCCAGCAGUCCAACAACGGCACCCCUUGUCAAUUUCGAACGUUGCCGGAUAGCUGCUGGCGUGGUCAAAACCCUGCUUAGACUGCUAGAGGCAAGCACCACAUACGCCUUCCAACCGAUCGAAGGCAUCACCGAACGCUGUCUUUGGAUGAGUGCUUUGUCUGACGAUGAGAUCCGACGACACUCGCAGCAGCUGCAAUGA